AUGGGUGUGUUUGAUUUGUUUGAGAAGAAGUUUUCAGAGUUCUACGGGGUGCCGCGGAAUACUUUGUUUGUUCCGGCUAUCCUACAACAUGUGUCUAUGAAGGUAAAUGAAGUUGGUUUACGUAGAGACACGGCACAGACGGCUAAUAGGACGGUGAUGUUCGAUGCUUCUAGGCCCUUUUUGUAUUUUGUCAUUGAAAAGACUAUUGAUACAAUUGUUUUAAGUGGAGUCUAUUCGAAGCCCACGGUUUACUAA